AUGGAGACAGAGACAAGUGAUGACGGAAACCGGCGGAACACGACUGUUGCGCCGCCGCCAAUACCGGCGGAGGGGAGACAGAAGAAGAGGCUGACUGUGAUGGUGGCAGUAGACGAGAGUGACAGGAGUUUAUAUGCCUUAAAAUGGACCCUUGAAAACCUGUUUAAGGUGCAUGUUCAUGUACCCGGUGAAGAAAACCCGGAAGUGGAACCCGACCCGGAACAAGGGUUAAUCACGAUUGUUCAUGUUAUGGAACCUUUUGAGCGUUACACGUUCCCUGCUGAACCUUCAAUGUAUACUUCUGCUUCAAUGGUGGAAUCAGUGAGAAAAGCGCAACGGGAAAAUGCUGCUCAACUUCUCUCACGUGCAUUUGAAGUUUGCAAAGGGACAAAGAUAAAAGCGGAAACACUAAUUUUGGAAGGGGAUCCUAAAGAAAUGCUUUGUCAGGCUGUGGAACAGAUGCAUUUUGAUCUUCUGGUUGUAGGCAGUCGUGGGCUUGGUGCGAUCAAAAGGGCUUUCUUAGGGAGUAUAAGUGACUUUUGUGCACAUCAUGCAAAGUGCCCUGUCCUGAUAGUGAAACCUUCCAACAAGUAGUCACAUAGCUUAGAUUGUGAGGGAUGUCCUUGAUGGUCCAUAGUGUUUUUUUGUUUUAAUAGUUAUGCUUGUUUGCUUGGCGAAGAGUAAGACUACUCAAUAAGGUGAAGGGUUUACGAUGAGGGUUGGGCUAUGUAAAUACCGUCGAAAAUAAGGAGCUUUGAAGAAGCUGGAGAUCAAUGUAAAGACCAAUUAAAUCUUCAAGAGCUUACUCUCGAAUUCCUACUGAAUUAAUACGAGUAAUCCAAGAGAAGGUAGAAGGCUUAUUUGACAUGUACUCCGUGGAUUCUAAGCUGAGAUAUAUAUGUAUUUCUAUACAGUUCA